GAUUUGCGUUCGGAGUUUUCAUUUCGGUAAUAAGGGCCAAACCCCCUCAGCUGAUUCAACUGGUUUGACGGCAGUGAAUACAUACAUGAAGAAGAAACUAUUGUAUAACACUUUGACAGACAUAAAACCCUGAGCAAAUACACGAUGCACUGUCUUAUCAGUUCGACUACCAACCAAGUGAGUUGCGUUUUAUUAAUAACAGAAGGAAGAAAGUUUCAGUGACGGCGAGGAUAAAAGUGAAGUAGUGAAGUUUUGAGUGAAGGAAGAGUAGAGUAGCUAGAAUCUGCGAACCUAGAAGUGCGGGAAAAAAGUAGUUGCUAGCCGGAGCGUCAUCGACGGUGUGGAAAAGGCCAACAGAUAGCUUGGUGGAAACGGAGGUGCCAUAACGACCAUUGAUUAACUGGGCUAGCUAGUAUUCAAUACCAAGGUGAGUGAAGGUCAAAAGGACUGUGUCGGAGUUUAAUUGCUCAAGAGUGGAUUGUUUUUAGUGAAAUUUUGAACUAGUUGGAAAGAAGCCGCCUCAGAAGCCAUUGUUUUCAUUUUAUUCGAUUUAACUGAUUUCGUUUGCUUUUGUGUCAUUGUUAUAACAGCCGGUCGGAAGCGACGCAGUUCGAUUAGCCAGUGUCUUGCGCUGUUGGAGCGACACCAGUGGUUCCUGAAGGUCAAUCGAGUGUGGUUGGUGAUUUGAGGAACUCGCACGAAAGAAAUCUCGUUUCGAGCAAACUUAUUUCAAGUGUCGGGCCAGCGAUUGACCACUUGCGAAGGGACCAUAACGGUGGGAAGUCUCGAGCUGCCAUUCCGGUGCUUUUGGAGUGGAUCGGAGCAAGCGCGUGCCGGACAAGCCAAACCAGGCGGCGCGGCGCAAACGGGAUUUGGACUCCAACAACAAAGUAAAAAUCAUCAAGGUAGGACCUUUACAUUUCUUUUGGUGGCAUUUUUUUUGCAUUGUGUAUACUUAGCUGUGAUAUCUUUUUGCAACAGACAUGGCGCUGAUUGGAACAGUAGAUCCCUAUGUUCCCAAUACGUCUUUCUCUAACUACGUGGAACACUUUGAGUAUUUUUUUUCGGUGAACGCCAUUACAGAUGAUAAGAAAAAGGAUUUAUUUAUGAACUUGUGUGGCAUGGCAGUUUUCAAUGAGUUGAAACUGCUCUACCCUGCAACUGAUUUGAAGACUUUGAGUUACGCAGAGAUUACAAAGAAGCUAAAAGAGCGUUUUGACAGGGUUGAAUCUGAGGUCGUUUUGCGUUACAAGUUCAGGUGUAGAAUGCAAAGCCCAUCGGAGUCAGGUGAAAAUUAUAUCUUGGCGGUGAAAUUGUUAGCUGAACAGUGCGAUUUCGGUGAGUUCCGUGAUUCCGCGAUACGUGAUCAGUUGAUCUACGGCGUUUACGAUAAGGAUUUGCAGCGACAAUUGUUGAACGAGGACAAUUUGCUUUUGAAAACAGCUGAGAAGCUUAUUAAAAAUCGAGAUCUUGUUUCAUCUAGAGCGAUGGCGAUUAACGCGGAAAAUGUGAACUCUGUUAGGUUUCGAUUAGGGCGUCGGGAUGCUAGAUAUGAAAGGCGAUAUGAUGUGUACAGAAGAAAUGAUAGGUCGCGGAGCCGAAAUCGAGACCGUUAUACGUGGAAUGAUAGAGGACGUUCUGACUUGGAUCGUAGAUCACCCGGUAAAGGACGGUAUGCCAAUUUCACAUGUUUCUUUUGCAAGCAGAAAGGCCAUGUGCAAAAAAAUUGUUAUCGCUUUAAAAACAGUCAGAGGGGCGCGGUGAAUGCCGUCAAGGACGAUGCGGAUCGGGAGUCAGAUUCAGAGAACGUACAUGAUUACUUCAAGCGGUUGAGAGUUGAAUACGACACUGAGAACGAGUCUACAGAUCUCGUUGGGGAGUCACCUGAUCUCGGCCCACAGGGGGCAGAUUAGACUCGUUGACAGAGACGAACGUCGGCGCAAGAUGGCGCUUCUAAAGGCCGUGGAAUCGAAUGACAGGCGUGGAGCGAAAAGGCGGCGUGCGGUGUCCGAAGAUGAACCACCCUUUCUAGGGGUUUCUCCACCGCCCCCAACUGGAAAUGAACUACACCCUCAGGCCCUACGGUUCGGUUCCCCGAUCUCGAAACGGAAGGCUAUCCAAAAUCCUGCGAACAACGAGAAAGAACUUAGGCGAUCGUCUCGGGUGCCGAAGAAAACCAACGACAAUAUGUUCGUAUACUUUAAAUAAUCAUUGAAUUGUUCCGAAGUUUUAAAUAUGUUAAUGAUAGUUAUUGUCAUGAUCAAUGUUUGAUUAAUGAGUUCUGAAUACAUAGCUUUGAAGAAUGAUAGUUUGUUAAAGUUGAAUUCCUAGAUCAAUUUCAUACUAUAUUUGUGAUGUCGAGUUUCAAACUAAAGAGGAAAGGUAUUGUAAGAUUUGCGUUCGGAGUUUUCAUUUCGGUAAUAAGGG